AUUAUGAGCGUCUUGUUCCUUCUUUGGGGGUGUUGUUUAGAAUCACUUCAGUUGUUGACGGCUAAAACCGGUUGAAAGAUCGAAAAUAAUAACGAAACAUUUUUUUUCGAUUGGAGAGCUUCGAGAGAAUAUAUUCCUUCCCCAAAAAUGCAUGGCAGACUUAAAGUUCGUACAACGGCAGAACAGCAAGAGAUCAAGGCAAAGGAAAGAGCCAAGAAACUUGUGAUAUACAAGACAGCAAUGAAUUUAAUCUUUUCCAAGAGAAAAUCUGGAGAGCUAGAUGAUGAAAUCCUUAAGAUGACUGGCAAGGUUUUGACAGAAAAUCCUGACAUCUCCACUUUAUGGAACAUAAGGAAAGAAACAAUUCUUAAGAUUAAAGAAACGAUGCCAGACCGUGUUGAUGAUUAUGUAUCAAAUGAGCUAGCAUUGACUGAACAAUGCAUUAGAGUAAAUCCAAAGUCUUACAAUUCUUGGUUUCACAGGAGUUGGAUUCUAGACCAAGUAUCUAUUGUGGACUUUAAAAAUGAAUUUUUGCUCUGUGACAAAUGUUUGGAACUGGAUGAAAGAAACUUUCACUGCUGGGAUUACAGAAGAAUCAUUGUUCAGAAGUCAAAAACUUCACUAGAAAAUGAGCUUGAAUUUUCAACAAAUAAGAUUAAAAAAAACUUUUCUAAUUACUCAUCAUGGCAUUAUCGAAGUGAGUUGCUCCCAAGAAUUUAUCCAAGUUCAAGUGAUCAAUCAAUAUUGGAUGAUCAAAAAUUGGCUGAAGAAUGCAACCUUAUUCAAAAUGCCAUUUUUACGGAUCCCAACGACCAGAGCGCCUGGUUCUACCAACGUUGGCUUCUGUUCAACGGCGAUGAAAAGUCUAUGAAAAAUUCUAGUCUCCUAUCAACUUUGAACAAUGAGCUCGAAUCGUGUCAGCAACUACAUGAUCUGGAACCCGAUAACAAAUGGGUAAAACUACAGGUAUGCGAACUCCUGCGCCGAAUAAACGGAUUGGGGAACGAAACGGAAAUUCUGCAACUCAUUCAACAGUUAAUCAAAGUCGACCCAUUGCGCCAGGGUUACUAUCAUUAUCUCGGCUCUAAGAUUGUAGAAGAAAAUCAGAAGAAGAAAAUUGCCGAAUCGCCAUAAAUUGAGGAUAGUGUUAAUAUGAAAAAUGCAUCUCCAGUUCUAUUCAAAUUUAAAGCCUUGAAAAUUUUGUUUUCUAUUACCUAUUAUUGUCCACGUGAAAAAACACGAAUAUGUUGGUAAAUAACAGAUUGGCAAUCGAUUCAUUUCUUUGAAUAAAGAGUGUAUUUCAUUA